AUGCCAUACUUCGACACGAGCGCAGAGUGGUACGAGCAGUCGUCGCUCCUCCUCAAAGCGCGACCAACUUCCACACGCAUCACAUCCAAAUACUCGGUCCUAAAACCCACAUCCUCCAAGAUAAAGAAGCGCCAAAAGUACGACGAGAAGAGAGCCGCCCGACCCGCCGACACAUCGCGUGCGUCUUCGCCGCCGCCGCAAUCGCAGAACCCCGAGGAAGUCACCGUCUUCUUCACGCUCAAGACGUACGAUCCCGAGUCGGGCACAUGUCUGCAGUAUGAGACGAACAAGGGCGCUGAGGUGGGCCGGCUGAUUGGCAACCUGGGGAGAUUGGGGAGACACAUGGCUGCGCUGCCGGAGACAACGGAGGAUUUGAGCAUGCCGGCUGGCGGAGAAGGUGCGUCUACACCACAGGUCGACGAGGGUGGGGACGUCAAGAUGGGUGGUGUACCCGCGGCUGUUAUCAAUCCUUCAGUGCUGUAUGACCUGCUUUGCCCGUUUGUCCGCCCUCUGCUUCGCGUUGCACUCCUGCGUCUUCUCGCCCUCUGUCUUACCGACGAGAACCCACUCAUCCUUGUCCUGCUCAUCUACGUAGUGCGAUUCAUUCACGACCUCCCAAUUGCCGCUGCUGUUAGCUCUCGUUUGAUCCGUUUCUACUUCCGCUUCUAUGUACCAUUGAAGAUUAUGGGUGGCCGUCUCGACCGCAACCCGAACAACGGUUUUCCUGAUUGGUACCGGCUGGUGUGCCCGGAGCUGAAUCAAGCCAUCCACCUUGGACUCCACGGUGAAUACGACUACGACACGGCCUCGCACUUUAAGAAGAAGAACGAAGCCUGGUUCUACGAUGCGUUUGUCAGGCCUUUGUCGGAUGCGCAGCGUGUUCAACACUUCUAUCCUCCUGGGCGGGACCACUUCGAACGUCUUCCAAACGAGAUUCUUGAUCAGAUUCUCGACCACGUGUUGCUACCGGACUGCUUCGACCGCCAUCGCAGACUCAGAGACACUGGGACCCUUGACUACGGCGCCACCCUCAACUACAUCGCUGAGCUCUCUCUCGACUUCCUCGCGCUAGGCCUUUCUUCCGCUCGUAUAUGGCCGCUCGUGUUGCGCCGCAUUCACCGACUCUAUCAGAAUAAUUGGGUAGGAAGAAAGAUUGGUUUCCAUCGGGUGAGCGCCAGAUUCACCAGCGCGCAGUUUCAGAAUUAUGGUAUCCAAGAUACGACCGCGACGUACGUCGCUUCAGUUGAUGAUUGGAGAUGGGAGUGGACAUCGCAUGAUCAAGAUGGAAGAUGGCUAGCUCUCACUCGAAUCACCCCCGGUUUUUCAAACGAGCGUGCCCUAAAGAUGUGGAAGUACGACAUGGAGACCAGACCGGACGACCUGAACAAGAUUAUGCAGGAUCUGAUGGUGCGUCCCGAACCAGAUGCAUCGUCUGGGCAGAGGGUAUGGGUGCUCCGUAACCUGACCACCAAACAAUACGUGCGCUCGGAUCAGCUGCAAGAGCCUGAUUCUGAUCCGGCACCUGACUGGGGCAACGACCCUAGGUCCUAUGAGCUGUUAUCAGAUAAGAUGAAGAGAGUAGGCAAGUCCCUCACACAACGCGUGCUCUACAGACCAUCGAAAAAGGAAAAUAAACACGCGGAGCCAAAGACGGACGAGCAGUUUACCCUGGCCAAUAUCUUCCUCGUUCUCACUUGUAGCGGUGGCAACAGGGCGCCAUGUGCGACUCCAGAGGACCCGUACUCGCCGGACAAGUAUCUAGAAUUCGUACACGGUCCUUGGGCUGGCUGCGCAUUCGAAGUAAUUACUCUGGACGAACACGUCCUCACUCAGCAGCAGCAGCAGCAGUUACAACCCUCACCAGAGUCAAAGGCACAACAGCCAGAUAAUGUGUGGGUAGAUGUGAGCAAGGAAGUGGUCGCUGAUAUCGCCAACCUGCGCUUCUGCGUCCAGAGGAUGAGGGAUAUGCGCAACGUUAGCCAUAAACUAUAUGUAUCGCGUGAUAACAAAACAGUGUAUACGGUAUACUGGGAUGACUUCUGGGCCAAGGUUGCGGGCACGAGGAAGCUGCAUCGGCAGUGGGUGGUCAAGACAUGUCCGCCUCGUCCGUGGAUAGACGAGACUAUGUAUGCAUCAAUAUAA